GAGUUCUAUAUCCAAUUGAAACUGCACGUGUGGUCACAGACCUAAAUCAGCCACCAUUUGAUACAGAAGAAAUGUUCGUACUUUUACUUUGUGUGCUCUCAUUUACGCGGAAUACGAUUGUAUACCUUUCUAACACAUUGUUCAACAAAUCUGAUCGGCGACUUCAACAUUCACGCACCAUUAACGAAAAUAAGCCCUCUGAGGGCACCAUGGACGGACAGACCCAAGACAAUAAGAAAUUGCAGAAGCUAGAUGAGAUUGACACCAUCCCGACAUUUUCGGAGAACAACCAGUCCUACGAUGCUGACUACGUAGUGAAGCCGACGGUCUAUGUAAAGUCGGUGGUAGGAAAAGACGACAUGAACUACAACAUGAACCACAAGAAGCGGGGGAGAUGCGUGAUUUUCAACAAUGACAAAUUCGAGAUGCAAGGCUACGAACGCGAAGGGUCCGAGAUGGACGUCAUCGCGAUCACAAGAGUUUUCCGCGAUAUAUUGGGUUUCGAAGUGAUCCCGCAUAGGAAUUUCACUUCCAGUAUGAUCCACCAAGCGAUUAAAAAGCUAAGCGAGGACGAUUACGAAGAAGAAGACUGCCUUUGCGUCUUCAUAUUAACACACGGAUCCCACGGCGACUCAUUGCACGCGCACGAUUGCACCUACCCCCUGAAAAGCAUCUGGGAGAAGUUCACCGGGGACAACUGCCAUGCACUGGUCGGGAAACCGAAGCUUUUCUUUAUUCAAUGUGCAGAGGUAAAAAUUUCGUCAUAUCCAAAUACUGCAUGCAGGGGUACGAAGUACGACAGCGGUAUCGGGGUUUUCAGUAGCGGCAAUUCGCAGACGGACUCGGUCGCCACCACCGCUUCCUACAAAAUUCCCACACACGCGGACAUCUUGCUCGCUCACAGCACCGUUGAAGUACUUUUUUCUCCGCAAGAUUUCUAUUCGUGGCGCAACGAGACAGAAGGCUCCUUCUACAUCCAAGAAUUGUGCGACGUGAUCGAGGAGUAUUGGGAGACGUACGAUUUGGCCAAAAUGUUGACGAUAACCGCACGCAUAGUCGCUAACGAGCAUUAUUCCAUUCACAUAGACCCGAAGAAAAACCAGAAAAAACAGAUGCCAUCCAUAACGUCAACCUUGACGCGAGACGUUUGGUUUACUAAGAAAAAUUCGUAAAACGCGAUGGACAGUAAGUACGUUCAAUGAAUCAACACUAGAACAUAGUAAUUUUUUAGACAUAGGCAAAGAAAUACGUUACCAAAGUUCGUGUAUCUUUUUAUACAAAAUGACUUAUGUAUUAUCCCACCGAAAUACGGGAGACACAGAAUAUCUAGAGUCUGCUUCCUCUUUCGAUGAUACAUUUAGGAAUUUGAAUGAACGAAUGAAUUAAGUAAGUAAUCAUUAGUCGUUUAGUUAUUCUAAUUCAGUAUAAUAAUUUAUACUUGUCGAACAUUAUUAUACGACGCGUGAAAUGUAUCAAGUAAUUGCUUGAAAUGACCUAAUGAAGAAUUUCAAGUUUUCCAUUGAACAAGUUAACCCUUUGACCUAUGAUAUCUUUCUCUACUAUGAUCGACACAACCGCUUUACUGUUAGCUUUAUAGCUAGACAUACUCUAUAGCUAUGUUUGCCCUACAUUAUAACAAUCGACAACAAAAGAGUAAUGUUUAAUUUGAACUCAAACGGAUUUAUUAAUAUUCGUGCUCGUAGAAUUCCAUUUGAAAUCUUCCCGACGAGUUUGACACGUUAGUAUAAGGCAAAGGGUUGACAGAACGAUAAGAUUCAUUUUGGAAAUCGCUCGCGUAAACGAUCCUCCGUGUCGAUCUUUCCUCAUAUGGGUCAUCCCGCUGUGAUAGAUGUUUCAAUGUCCGUUAAUAACUUAAUUUUCUCUGCCUCGGCCCACGAAGCCUUUAACUGGAUAAUUCACGCGUGUCGUUUUCAAUGUUCGACUUAUUAGUUAAGUUAAUCGAAAUCCGAGCAGUGGCUGAGAUUCGUUCCGAUUUGCGAUACGAAUGUCAGCCUAGGCUGGAAGCACAAUUUUUUGUCUGCUAGGUGUGCCAAAGAGUAAUAGAUCGAGUUAAAAGUUUUGUGAUGUAAAAAAGAAUUAAAACGAAAAUUUGUUCAAAUUAAAAAUGACUGGAUUUUAAAGAAUCACAAAUUUUUUAAAUGUUUCAAAUUGAGGAUUAAAACAGAAAUAUUUUGAACGUAAAUAACAUUGCUAGUUUAAAAAUAAUAUAAUGGAUCGGUAGUGGGUAUAUUUCAUGUAUAAGAUAAAACUUGUGCAAAAAGAAACGUCGUCAUCUUCAAUAGAUUCUAGCAUUAAAGAUAAUAGUUCUGAGUAAUUUACUUAACGUGGAGUCAAACAAAAAUUGUACUUAAUAUUGAUAGUCUAACGGCUACUUAGUCUUUCAUUUAGUAUUUGUAGGGUAAACACGAAUUACGCUGGUGCACAAAGUAAUGGGACGUCGCGAAAAUCAAUCGAACAUUGUACGACGAACAGAUCGUUUGACUAUGAAACAAUAUUCUAAUAAGGCGGAUCGUUAUUAUAACAUGUAUACAAUUCGAUCAAGUUCGUCCCAUCACUUUGCUCACUGGCAAAGUAUUACAUAUAUUUAUACGCGAUUUCAUUAUACCCUCGUUGUUUUUAUUUUUGUUACGACGAUCCGUUGCGCUCCGCAUAUCAUUUAUUAUUCGCAUCAUGCUGCGCCCAAUAUCAUGACCGCAGACUCAGACGACUGAGUCGUUAAGCGAAUAUCUCAAGGAUCGUAUAAAAUUUAAAUAAAGAUCCUAAGAAAAGGUGAACGAACUUAUCUUUUCACUCAAUAAUAUAUUCACGAUGCACAGGGUGCUCUCUGAGGGAUGCAACGAGUCAAAUGAUUCGAAGAAAACUGCGAGAACCAGUCGAACCAGAAUAAUCUCUGAAUUAUUCCGAAAUCUGGAGUUUCAAAGCAAAGAACAUUUCUCGUUCGCGACAACGGCGACCAAAGCAGAGGCAAAAUAUCGAAUGUUCAAGAUUCCUUUUUCAAGCAUAAUUCUCACUAAUUCGAUUGAACUAAGUAAUUCAAGUAUUAUCUUUUCCAUCUUUUUCCAGUUUGUUCCACAACUUAGCAUCUACAGCAACCUUCCUCUACAUCAAAAUUCACAGACCACUCCGUGCAUCCGAUAAAUAUAUUCAACAUUCCGCCGAAUGAAAUGGAAAAAUACAAACCCAGACUACAAAGUUCCAUAUUUUCCAUCUUUUAUCAUUUCAUCCUACGACCUAACGUCUAUAACAACUUUCCCUAGUUACAAUAUAGUAUCUACAGCAAUCUCUCCCCCCAUCAAAAUUCACGGACCACCCCGUAUCCGUCA